CCGCACCCUUCACUUCCACUCCCACUUCCACCCAAAAGGCUCGCCAAUAUGGAGCCUUCAAAAAUCCACGCCCUGCUUCUAGUUUGCAUGCUUUUCCUCUCCACCGCCGCCCCCAUUUUCGGCUGCGGCUCCUGCGGCAAACCACCUCCCAAGAAGGUCAAGCCCGGCUCCGGUUCCAAGUCCCCUAAGGGCCCCAUUGUCCCACCCAUCACCCUCCCUCCCGUCGUCAAACCCCCAAUCAAAAUCCCCCCCGUCCCCCUCCCUCCCGUGAAACCGCCCAUCGACCUCCCACCCAUCGUCAAACCACCAAUCAAAAUCCCUCCCGUCCCUCUCCCUCCCGUGAAACCGCCAAUUGACCUCCCACCCGUCGUCAAACCACCAAUCAAAAUCCCUCCAGUUCCCCUCCCUCCUGUCAAACCGCCUAUCGACCUCCCACCCGUCAUCAAACCCCCAAUCAAAAUCCCUCCAGUCCCCAUCCCUCCAGUCACCGUGCCGCCAGUGACGGCUCCUCCAGUCAUCAAAAACCCAUCUCCGGGAAAGAAUCCCUGCCCGCCGCCGCCGGGGAAAGAGACCUGCCCAAUUGACACUCUGAAACUGGGUGGGUGCGUGGAUCUGUUGGGAGGGCUGGUGCACAUUGGGGUAGGGGACCCUGCAGCCAAUGCGUGCUGCCCUAUAAUUUCAGGGCUGGCUGAGUUGGAAGCGGCGGUUUGCCUUUGCACUACCCUUAAGAUUAAGGCUCUUAACCUUAACAUCUAUGUCCCCAUUGCCCUUCAGCUCCUCAUCACUUGUGGGAAGACCCCUCCUCCUGGCUACACUUGCUCCCUUUAGAAACAAGAACAAAAUAAGGUCAUCUGCUUUUUUCUCUUAAUUUUUCUUUACAUAAUUAAUUUCCUCCAACAAAUUAGUCUCUGAAUUUUGCAUUAAAUUCUUUACAUAUAACUUUAAUCAUUAUUAAUAUUAAA